UGUAAACGCUUAUAUUUUUGCCAAGUUCCCCCAUCGCAACUUCGGGUUGGUGGUUAACAGAAGUACAAAACCCUAGCAAGCUCUUAAACCCCCCAAUUCAUCGUCUUGGUUGGAUGCAGAAACUGUAAUUGCAUCCUCAACAAUCUAUCUCAGUUUUUGUAUCCUGAAAACCCUAGAGAUGGUGUGGUUUCAGUGUGAGGAUUGUGGAGACAACCUUAAGAAACCUAAAUUACCCAGUCAUUUCAGGGUUUGCUGUGCUACCAAGUUAUCUUGUAUUGAUUGCGGAAAGGUAUUCGGGCAGGAAAGUGUUCUAGGCCAUACGCAAUGCAUGACAGAGAUGGAAAAGUAUGGCCCUAAGGGACAAGGACAAGGGAAAGGCACGAACGGAUCAGCUGCCAAGCCAAACAAGGAUGGAAAACAGCAACCAGAUUUUGAUAUAAGUGUUGGCUUGUCUGAACGGCCUCCAUGGUUUUGUAGUCUUUGCAAUACCAAUGCAACUAGUAAGCAGACGUUGCUUCUCCAUGCAGAAGGAAAGAAGCACAAAGCAAGAGCCCGGGCUUUCCAUGCUGCACAGCAGAAACUGAACAAGACAGAAGAAUCUGCUCCAGAAACAAAGCCACCGUUGGAAAACCCUCAAAACGGUGAGUUGCUUGACAAGAAAGAUGUGGAAGAGCCCCAAGUGCAGGAUAUCAAUGUUGAAGCAACUAAUGGAAGUUUACCAUCAAAUAAGAAGAGAAAAUCUAAUAAAACUGAUGAUGAUAAUUUGAAGAAAAAAACCAAGGACGAUGUGGUUGCUCUAGGCAAUGGAGAAGUGAUUCAAUGUGGAAAUACAGAAGCAGGGAAAACAGGGAGUGAUGUUAAGCAAAAAUCUUUCCCUGCUAGUGAAGAAACCUUGAACAAGAUCAAGUGGAAGAAAAUAAUAUCAUCAGCUUUAAAAUCUAGUCCUGAUGGGGUUAUAAAAAUGAAGAAAUUGAGAAAAACAGUUCUCAAGGCUCUUCAAGAAUCUGGCAUAACAGUAGAUGAAGAUCAAUUCAAAAAUACGAUUGAGCACAAGAUCAAUUCGAGCUCAAGAUUUACUGUUGAAAACAAGCAUGUCCGGCUGGUAGCAAAAGAUUAAAAGUACAGUCUCAUUGAAAUAGAAGGAAUCCAUCCCUAAUAUUCUUUCUUCAGUACCAUUCCAUUUGCCUUCUCCAAUGGGUUAUUUGUAACUUAGUUUUACCAUCCACAGAGGUUGAAUUUCAGGUCCUGGGUAGAAUUUAUGUCAAUUGUCUCUCCCAUGGAAGAAAAUUUUGAUUUUUCCUUUCCGAGAAAGUAACUGUUACUAGUAUUAUAAUUAUUGUUAUUAUGAACAAGCCAUUGUUAUUGUCAUAUUCGAUGAUUCAUGUUAAAAUGAGUUGUGAGUUUUGCGUA